UCGACUAAACAACGCGAACAUCCAAAACAUGUGGACCCCACCAAAGUUUGUAUACCAGGUGUUGAUUUUGAUUUUAUUCGGAAGACAAUCGAGUGCUACAAAAUAUAAGUUCCUUCUUGAAAAUGAGGAUAUAUUCACCGACUGUCCCAAUAAACCAAGUAAUGUACACAAUAUUAAUGGAGUUUUCGAUACCUCUGAGGGAACCUUUGAAACGGAUUUUGUGACGGUACUCUUUACGGGCAAUCUUACCUGCGUCUGGAAUAUUCAACCUGGCGAUCGCAUUCAGAUGACUUUUGAAAUAAAACGUUUCGAUCGUGGAUCCUGGCAGCCAACAGUAUUCAAUAUAAAUGUCCGUGACUUCUGUUCAUCUCUCUAUGAAGAAGAACAGUACUGGUACAAGUAUUGGUCGAAAUACAUAAUCAAUAAGGAACAAGUCAGAGAGAAAUGCAUUCUGCCUGGAACUAAAUUUAUUCACGAGCCGUUUAAUGUAGAUUUAUUGUUCGAGGCACGAGGAUUAACUUUAAUUGGACGACACAAGCUUGUCUACACAUUUAAGGCCUUUGACACUAACGGAGUAGAGCGAGAAACAAGCAUCUGUCUCGAAAUUUUAGGGGAAUUUCAGAGGGAGUAGAUUAGCCGAGAAAUAUGUAUAAAUUUCAAUUUUAUAUUUCAAAAAAGAAAUAAGGUUUCGAAAAAAAACAUGAAAUUUAUACGUGAACAUUGAUUUUCAAA